UGCCAGCUCUCGAAUCCCUCAGACUGUACUGAGUUGGAGGUAAUUUGAGUCUUAGGGAUUUCUGGCCAAUGAUCGCAGUCUACGGAUGAGGAGGAAAGAGGCUUAACGUGAGGUCUCUUCUAGCUCACUGGGGACCAGGAGGGAAGGACUUCAUUUGUCUAGUGCUGGAAGGAAGGCUGUGGAAGGAAGGCUGUGACCCUCUCGCGCCUUCUUCUUGUCUGUGGCCCAGUGGAGUCGGAGCAUCACGCGGCAAGUGGGCCGUGCGCUGCUGGGACUGCUGGUGGUGGCUGCUUGGGGCGCUCGCUCGCUAGCUGGCUCUCUGAAGCUCGGGAGACAAACCUCGUGCAGCACCAGCCGCAGCGACAGCCUCGGCGCACGGCCAUCGCCCUUCAGGACACAGCAUGACCAGCCAGCCGGGAGCAGCCGAGGCCGUUUCCUGCCAGGACUGUAACUAUGAAUGCUCUACAGGAUGUACUGGGAGAGGAGAUUUAAAGCAAAUGUCUAAGUCUUUUAAGGCUAAAGAUCUAAUCAUUACACCAGCCACCAUUUUAAAAGAAAAACCAGACCCAAAUAAUCUUGUAUUUGGGACUGUUUUCACGGAUCACAUGUUGAUAAUAGAAUGGUCUUUGAACUUUGGAUGGGAAAAGCCUCAAAUUAAGCCGCUUGAGAACCUGUCAUUGCAUCCUGGCUCAUCAGCCCUUCACUAUGCAGUGGAAUUAUUUGAAGGAAUGAAGGCAUACCGAGGAGUGGAUGAAAAAAUCCGUCUAUUUCGACCAGACCUCAACAUGGACAGGAUGCUUCGAUCUGCCGCAAGGGUAACUUUGCCUGAAUUUGACAAGAAAGAACUUUUAAAGUGUAUACAAGAACUCGUGAGAUUAGAUCAGGAAUGGGUUCCAUACUCAACAUCAGCCAGCCUCUAUGUGCGCCCUACCCUUAUUGGAACUGAGCCUUCUCUUGGAGUAAAGAAGCCAACAAAAGCUCUACUUUUUGUAAUUCUGAGUCCUGUGGGACCUUAUUUUUCAAGUGGAACCUUUAAUCCAGUAUCUCUGUGGGCCAAUCCGAAGUAUGUAAGAUCCUGGAAGGGUGGAACUGGGGACAACAAAAUAGGAGGCAAUUAUGGUGCCUCCAUUUUUGCCCAAAAUGAAGCAUUGCAACAAGGAUGUCAACAAGUUCUUUGGCUCUAUGGAGAAGAUCAUCAGAUAACUGAAGUGGGAACCAUGAACCUUUUCCUAUAUUGGAUAAAUGAAGAUGGCGAGGAUGAACUAGCAACUCCACCACUAGAUGGUAUCAUUCUUCCAGGAGUGACAAGGCAAAGUAUACUGGAUCUGGCAAGGAAAUGGGAUGAAUUUAAAGUGACUGAGAGAUAUCUUACUAUGAAUGACCUAAUAAUUGGCCUAAAAGAAAACAGAGUAAAAGAGAUGUUUGGCUGUGGUACAGCUUGUAUUGUUUGUCCAGUUUCUGAUGUACUUUACAAGGGUGAGAAUAUUCAUGUUCCAACUAUGGAAAAUGGUCCUAAGCUUGCCACCCGUAUUUUAAAUCAACUUACUGACAUACAGUAUGGAAGAGAACCAAGCGACUGGACAAUCUUGGUGUCUUGAAUGAAAACACAGGCGAUAUUAUCUGUAUGUUACUGGGGCAAGCCAUUGUGUUUGAAUUGUGAUAGAUUUGUUUGGCUGCCAAUUUAUAGUUGUAUGUAAUGUAUUAUCGUUGUGUUCCUAGGGGUGAUUGCCUCCACAUGCCAGAGAAUAGAAAUAACAAUCAUGUUACUUUCUUCAGUAAGCUUGCCUUGUUAUAGUAAGUAGCUAAGAUGUAAGCCAUAUAAUAUAGAGUUUUCCUCACAACUUUUAGUGCCUCCUCUAGUGGCCUUCUCUGUACUCAUGAUUUAGAAGAAAAUAUACUCUUCCUCCUUUGCCCCUUAAGUAUUUUCCCCUUCCUCCCUUUUAUUUACCAAAUGAGACUUGAAUGACUAAAAGCUGAUUCAGAUGAUUUUUAUCAUUUAUGCUUCCUAAAGAUGUUAACAUCAGUAGGAUGCUCUUUUCCUCUGUGGUUAUCAUUUUUCUCUGUUUUUCUUUGAAAUAUUGGAAAAGCUGGAUUUGCUCUCUGCUCUUACACUUGGGUUUCACAGUGAAUUCCCCACUGCCAAAAACAUUUUGCUUUACUCUUCUCUUCUAUACCAUAGAAAUAUUGCCACAGUGGAUAAUGAUCCCUAUGCUAAAUUCUGGAUCUAAAGUGUCAUUAAUAGCCUUCUGUUAGAACCUUAUGUUUUUUUUUUUUUUUCUUUUAUUGCAUAUUCACAGGGGGUGUUCUCCAGGGAGGUUUCAGUUUGCAAAGCUCCUUGUCAUUGUACCUGAAGCUUCAAGGGGUUUUCCUCAAUAUCUCAGCUAAUAAUCUGCACUUUAGUUCAUUUUAUUACUCACUCUUUCUCUCCUUUUCUAAUAUAUUUAACCUUCACAUGCCAGCACUUAGAUAUAGAGCACUUAUUUUGUAACUAAAAGACAUUGUAAUUUUUUUUUUUGAACUUCUAAAUUUCUCUGUACGGUAUUAGAUACAUAAGGAGCUUCCUUUGAAGUUCCUUAGACCUCUUGGGGAAUGUACUCUUCCUCCGUUUUAAAGAUUCCUUCAAACUUCAUAGCGGCCUGUACUAUUCUCUAAUCACUAAAACAAUUAUAUAAUUUUAUUGAAGAAUUGAAUUAUCAAUGACAACUGUGAAAGAGAGCUUUGGGUUUACAUUUUUUUUUUCAAAUAAAUUGUAAGCACAGAACAGAAUUCAAUUUCAUAAAGGUAUGACUGUACUUCUUACUAUAUUUAAUUGAAAAUGUUUGUCAUUUGGUGUUGAUUCUUGUAGUUAGUAUAUUUAUCUCACAUUGUUUUUAUUUCCCAUGGUCUGCUGCAUCACCAGCCUGGAGAGAUACCCAAAGAAACACACAUGACAAGAUAGAAGAAUUAUUCUGAUACUGACUUGUGCCUUGAAAUGAGAGACAGAAUUAGAAGAAAUACUCAUGAAUUUCUAGUGAAAGAAAUAAUAGUGAAUUGUAUGAUAUUUCUCUAUUUUAAUUUUUUCAGCUGUAAUAAGAUGGAAAGGUCUGCUCUGAUUUAAUAGCUAUUCUUUGCUACAAAGUAGAGGCUAUAGAUAGAGCAUAUGCAUUUUUAUGGGGGGGGGAUUCUGGAAUGAAGAAGAUAAUGAAAAUGUUCUUUAUAGGGUUUUUUGAUGUGUUAUUAUCCUGCAGACCUUGUUUCUGAGAAAUAUAAGAUUAUCCUUCCCACAUUUAAUUGUGUCUCUUAAUAUUUAAAAGAUUUUAUUUUUCUCUUAGUAAAUCUUUUAACUUCAGAAAUGAUAACCUAGAAAAUACUGGAAUCAGAGUUGUAGACUUUUCAAAAAAAAAAACAUUUUGGCAACUAUAUUUGUAUAACUGGUUCCCAUUGACAUCCUUUGUGCUUUAUUUUAUGUAUUUAAAAAAAAACACAAUAGAUCUAUAAGCUUUAUCAGAUUGCCAAAAAGAGUCCAUUACACAAAAAUACUUCUGCUCCACAGGGAAAAAAAAAAGGAGCUGCUUUUGUUAGUCCUUCAAAAUACCAUCUUUUAAUUUAGUUUUGAAAUUGUCUGUGUGGUUUCCAUGAUCACUAUUUGGGCCAUCUCAGGCAUUUUCUGAUAUACUUAGUCCUUCAGUAUAUAACUCACAUUUAUACAGUGCUUUGAAGUCUACAAAGCACUUUCCUCACCAAAAAAUAUUAUGAAGUAGAUAAAUCAAGUGUUUUAAUUCCCAUUUUACAGAUGAGAGAGGUUCAGUGAUUCUGUUCCUAGUCCCCCACUAAUAAAUAUCUGAAGCAGGAAAUGAAUAUUUUUCAGAUCACUUGAUUGUAAGAUCAGUGCCCUAUCCAUAAAAUCUGGAUGUGUCUCAGUUUAUGAAGAGAAUGUCAAGGGGAGAACAUAUUAGGAUGCACAAUCUUGUCUACUAUUUUAAUUAGAACUAACUAUGCUACUAACUUGUUAAAUGAAUUGGGAAAGAACAUCUGCACAUCUUUUUUCUCUGUGUCCUAUUUGUUUAAUUGUGGUGGAUUAAUAUAGCAAUAGUAACACAUUAUAACUAGGCAAUUAUCUAUUUUUCAAUAGUUAGUUAUAGUAACACUAAUUGAUCAUUUAAGACAUAAAAUAAUCUAACAUUAGGAACAUGUGAGCCUAAUUUCCUCAAAGAAGAUCAACAAAUUAAUACUGUUGCUGAUAUUUGCAUAAUUGACUGCAAUUAUUUAAUGUUUAAUUGGGUUGAUCAAAUGAGAUUCAGGAACUCACAUGAGCAUGCAUAUAAACAGAACUGAUGUUACUUAAAGUGAUAAUGAUUAAUAGUUAUUUUGCAUUUUCCUUUUUCCUUUCCUUUAUUGAGUUAUUACUUCCAGACCAAAUCUAUUCUCCAGAUUUUUAUACAUCAGUAGAAAUCAAGAUUUUAAAAAUGAUAUAUUUCAUUUCAUGUGAUUUCAGACAUCUACCAAAAUUGAAAUGUUGCUUAAAUUGUACUUAUAACUCCCAUCUGGCAUCAGACAUUUUCUUUGUCAGAUUCAUUUUUAAAGAGUGCAAAAUCAGAGAAUGAAAAAUUAGAUCAGCACAUCUGAUACAAUAGAGAAUUGACUUAUCUGAAAGAAUAAAUGAAAAUUAACAAUUUCAGCUUUCUUUCUUUUUUUUCAUAGCUUUUUAUUUACAAGUUAUAUGUAUGGGUAAUUUUACAACACUGACAAUUGCCAAACUUUUUGUUCCAAUUUUUUCCCUCUUUCCCCCCACCCCCUCCCCUAGAUGGCAGGAUGACCAGUAGAUAUUAUAUUAGAGUAUAAAUUAGAUACACAAUAAGUAUACAUGACCAAACUGUUAUUUUGCUGUACAAAAAGAAUCAGACUUUGAAAUAUUGUACAAUUAGCCUGUGAAGGAAAUCCAAAAUGCAGGCAGGCAAAAAUAUCAGGAUUGGGAAUUCAAUGUAAUGGUUCUUAGAGAUCUCCCAGAGUUCUUUCGCUGGGCGUAGCUAGUUCAGUUCAUUACUGCUCUAUUGGGAACUGAUUUGGUUCAUCUCAUUGCUGAAGAUGGCCAGGUUCAUCAGAAUUGAUCAUCAUAUAGUAACAAUUUCAGCUUUCAAAACUAGCUAGAUAACUUAAAUGAUAAAGUGAGUCAUUAUAUGCCUAACCUAGGAACUCUGGCAAAGAAUCUUUUAUUUAAACCUUGUAGGGAGUAGUCUCUGGAUUGGGAGUGAGGAUAAGCAGAUUCUAAUCUCUACUCUUCUACUAACCAGCUUUUUAUAUUCAAUAAAUCAGUGUACCUUCCUGGACAUCCAUAUCAUCAGAAAAAUUCAGACUAGAUAUACUAUGGUGACACUUCCAGCUUUAACAUCCAAAAGUUCUGUCUCUCUAGGAAGUACACCUUUGUUAAAGGCAAUUUAUUUCAUUUCCUUGAUAGGAAAGAUUUUGGGGUUUUUUUUUUUUUCUUAGCUCUUCAAGGGCAUGGUAUGAAUAUGGCAGGUACUUAAAAAACUUAUUGAGUUGAAUUAUAGAAGAGGAGAUAUAUAUUCAUGCAUUACAGGAGGAAAGAAAACAAUCUAAUAACUGAUAAUAUCAAGCUUGUGAAGAAAGGCAGUUUUACCAUUUUUAGGAAAGCAAGAAAUAAUCCAGUGAUAGAACUGUGUUAAUUUGAUGGCUUACUUAAUUUUAGUAUUUAAAAAUAAUUUUUCCAUUGGCCCAUGGAGAUAGAACCAUCUUGGGUCAUUUUGGGGUAGAUUUUAUUAAAGGACUUUGGUUUUAAAUAUAAGACCCUAUGGCAGGGAGGUAGAAGCCCCAUAAUAGCCAUUCUAAAAUUAUUUAUGUCUUCUCUCUCUCACUGAGCAUGUUAAAAUUGUAUUCCUUUUCCUUAAACAAUUUUUCUUUAUCCCUGAAAACAGGUCAUAAUUGUACCUUGUAUCUAAGGGAAAGUGUAUAACCAGAAAACAAAUCCCAUUUGUCUUUAACAGAGAAAUUUUUUGAGUUCACAUUUGUUGUUCAUGCAACAAGUCAUCCAGGCUUUCUUUGAUUCAAACUCUUCUGUAUGAAAAUGAAGCAGUCCAUUUUGGUAGCUGUUAUGGAAGCAUUACCAGUGGUCCUUUAUAGCAUUUCAUAUCCAUGAAAUAUAAUCUGUGGAUUCUUUCAUAAAAUGAUUAUUUCUUAUUUUUUAAAUAUCUAAGCUCUAAAUGAACUAUUACUUAUACCUAGCAAUUAGUCUUUGUGGACACCUUAUUCAAAUAGGUUGGUUGGGAUAAGAAUUGCCACAAGCAAUUUUUUAUUCAUCUGAUUCCCUUUUAAAAAGUCCCAUUUGAUUGGCAGCAUGCUAAGAAUAUUGCUGUUUUAGAUUGUCUUCUUGAUUGCAAUCAUGAUAAUACAUUUGGUUAACAGUUGCUCAGUGAUUUAAAAGUUGCAUGAAAAUGUACAUCUAGAUGUUGUGGAACUGAAUUCAGAACAUAGUUAUUGUCUUCAAGGAGUUUACAAUCUAGAAGUACAGGAUGGAUAGUAUUUGACACAUUUAAACAAAAAGGAGAAUAAGUUAGUAGAAAAAAAUAUUGGGGGAAAAAGCAUACUGAAUAUUUUAAUCUAUCCUUUUCAAUGAAAACUGCUUGUUUUCUAUUUCUUCUUUUAAUUCUUGUAGGGAAUUCUCUACUUAGCACUCAGCCACUGAACAUGGCAUAAGAUAUGUCAUUUCCUAAUUAACUAAUGCUAUGUUGAUGUAGCUAUUCUGGGUUAUACUAAAUUGAUGCGACAUUUUUUAUAAGAAAGCUCAAAUAAUAGUAUUCCCACUGUACUUCUUAAUCCUUAAGAAAGCGAAGUCCAAAAUUCCUGUGCAAAAUAUUAUCUGAAGGGGCAAUCUAGGUGGCACAGUGGACAGAGCCCCAACCCUGAAAUAAGGUCAACUCAAGCUCAAAUUCAGCCCCAGACUGUGUGACUGGGCAAGUUCAAUUGUUCCACCAAAUCCCAAUUGCCUUACCAAAUUUUUUUUUUUAAUUCUAAAAAACAAACAAACAAACAAAAACAACAACAACAACAACAAAAAACCAACCUAAAACAUUAUCUGAAAAUGAGAUUCACUGGAGACUAUUAUGGAAUGAGCUAGUUUAACAUAUUAGAUCAUAUAUUAAGUUACUUAGGAAAUGACAUGCGGAAGAUUAAUUUUAAGCCAAGUCUGUGAAAAUUUCUUUCCUGAAUACCAGUUCUUCAAAGUAUUGUAAGUUUAUGUCCUUUUUUGUUGUUGCCAAAAGAUACUCUUUUUAAAAAUCCUUAUUCACUAUCAAGGAAGUUUUAGUAUUUUUUAUUUUCUUCAAUAUACUUAAAAGUACACACUUCAACAAAAUAUUUAUCAGAUUUUUCCUAUAUUUAUUUUUUAAAAAAUGCAACAGACCAGGACUCAAGAAAUCUUAAUAUUAAUCUGGAAUAAUUUCCUAUGACUAGGUAUACUUAUAUAUUUGCUUCUAAAAAUACAAAAUCUUUGAGACUCAGUCUUUGAGAAUUUUUUUUGCUGGUCAAAUCAUGUUAUUAAAUCUUAUUUCUUUUUGCCUGUAUAAUUUCUUGUACUAGAAUCUCCAUUGUUAACAGGACUUGACAGUUGAAUAGUUUGCCACACAUUUUAACAUCAUCACCAAACUCUUAUUUGCAAAAUAAUGUGCAGAUUCUGAGUCACCAAGUAUAAUGCUGGGGCAAAUUAAAUCGUCAUUUUGUUCAUUAACUGGUAAUAAGAUCUAAUUAAUUAUUCACAUCCAAGGUUACAUUGAGUGAGUGAUUUCUUAACGUUUAUACAGAAUGAAGAUGUAGAAAAGAAAUUCAGAAGCAGAACAAGAGUGAUAAUGAAAGAGAAAGGGAUGUGAUUCUAGAAAGAUCACAAAUAUUUCAUUCUUCUUCCAUACUUCCAAAGAAAGAUCAUUUCUCUUUCCCUGCAGAAUGCUUAUAGUCUGCUUGUCUUUUUAACCUUGGCUUCUAUGCUAAGGCUAAUUGUAGGUGCCAAAUAGAAAUAGUGCCAGUUAUUAUGUAUCUUCAAGAAAGUCGUUUUAAGUUUUUUCUAGAAUUAGGCUGAGCUCACAGACAUAUUUUGUGAUAGGAGCUGUGGGCAAUUUUGUCUGUUAUUCCCUAUGAGUAGUGCAAAGCUGAGCAUAGACAAGACAGUUAAUAAGUGCUUACUGAAUUGAAUUAAAUUAUUAGGAUAAUAGAAACUACUUUGGACAACUAAAGAGCUGACAUGGAGUUAAUCCUAGAGAUUUGAAAAUCCAGUGUCUUUUUAUAAAAUUCUUGUAUGUACUAUCAAUUUAUGAGCAAUCUUUUUCCUUUCCAGUUUUUUUUUUUAAUGAUAAAUUUUCUUGGUCAGAGGAAAGCUAUAAGGAACAAAAAUCAAAUUAUUUAUUGCAGAUUUUCUUAUCUGUUUCUUAGACUGAAGGAUUACUUUGAAUGCUCCAGGAAUUAGAUGAAUAUUGUAGUUUCAAUUUUAACUGUGAAAUUAAAUAUUUGGCUGUAUUUUUCCCCAGCCAGUUAUCAAAAUGUACAUAACAAUAAACAGUAAGUUUAGGAUGAAUGCAAGAAAUGACUUAAAAUAAUACUUCACUGAUAAAUUUCCAAGAUUUUAGGAAAUGCUGUUAGACCAGAUCUUGGAAAAUAAGUUGAUCAUUGUAAAGAGGUGCUCCCAGUGAAAUGAAAGAAUUGAUUCAACUAUAAAUAGAUAUAUCACAUUUAUACCAUAGUCUUUAUCUAGAAUUUGAAAUAUAUGUACUUAUUCAAUAAUGAAAACUUGACAAAAGAGAACUAGAUUAGAGUGAUUAUGUCUUAUCCCUGAUUUUAUAUAAGUUUAGGAAUAUUGAAAAAGUAGCUAAAAAUGUAGACUUUUUGAAUCUUAUUUUCUUUCAUCUGAGUAUGAUUAUAGCUGCCACUGGGGUGAUAAAACCUAGCCACUAGAGUCUUAAAUUUCCUAGUUUAUGAGGUGGUUAGUUCUGUACCAGUUUGUGAAAUCCUCUUUAAGUAAGAAAAAUUGGUCAUUCAAUAGAUAGAAAGAAAUAUUCUAGAAGGCUUAUGUUUUCAUAAAUGUUUGAGCUGAUGUUAUGUUACAAAGAUUCAGACACACUAAAAGCAUCAUAAUAACAGCUGUAAGGAAAAUAUAGUGGGUAAAGUAAAGGAAACUCUACCUCAUUCUUCUUUAAAGAUUUUGUAGAAGCACAAUUAAAUUCUCAUAAUGGCUUUGUUACACACGAACCAUCUGGUAUGAACAAACACUUUAUAUUUGUAUGUCUAAAGAACCUGUAAUAAUUGUAUUUUGCUGGCAAUAGAUACAUUCUUUAUUGUUUGCAUUUUCCUCAUCCAAUCUAUAAUUACAUAGUAUUUCUCUCUUCAAUAAAACAAUUUAAUGGACA